UAAACACAUAACUAGAACACGAAUUGGGCAUUGCCACAUCACCAGCAGUUUGAUUUGGAGAGCAGAAAAUGGGAUGUUAAUAUUAACCACUCCUUCUGGUUUAUCCGGUAGCUAAAACUAUACCGACGAAUGGAUCUUCAAGCUCCCUGCUGCAACGCUUGCUACUCGCUCCACCGCCCACCCCAGCUUCACGCGCCGCCGUCCUCAGUUAAGUUCCCUUCAAGCUCCUCCGCCAAAUGCACCCGCAAAACCACUUCCCAGCUUCGAACCCCCGCUGCCGUCGCCGCUCAAAACGGUAGCACCUAUUCCCCUCCUUCUAGCGUCCCCACUCACAAAGUCACUGUUCACGACCGUCAAACCGGCGUCGUCCACGAAUUCUUCGUCCCGGAGGAUCAAUACAUUUUGCAUACAGCUGAGGAUCAGAAUAUACGGCUUCCCUUUGCUUGCAGGCACGGAUGUUGUACUAGCUGUGCCGUCCGUGUAAAAUCUGGGCAAAUAAGACAGCCUGAAGCAUUAGGGAUUUCAAAUGAAUUGAAAAUGAAGGGAUAUGCUCUUCUGUGUGUGGGUUUUCCAUCAACUGACCUUGAAGUUGAAACGCAGGAUGAGGAUGAGGUAUAUUGGCUCCAAUUUGGAAGAUAUUUUGCCCGAGGACCUAUUGAAAGGGAUGAUUAUGCACUGGAAUUAGCAAUGGCGGAUGAAUAAGCAGCACUUAGUUGAUUUGAGGAGAUGAUAUGGAAUCCAACAAAAUAUGUAUAAUUUUCUUUCCUUAAUUUGUAUGUUAACUUUCCAUUUUCUCACCACAUGUUAUGCUGAUGUGUUGGUGAUUUUUGUAAGCAUUUAACAUUUUGGCUUUAGUUUUUCUUCCCAUUUCCAUGUCAAGUGCAUCUUAUUGUGAAAGCAUUGAGACAGUUUUCUCUCCUUGUUUCAAUGUUUCAUUCAAUUGGAUUUCAACUUUUGUUGAGGCUUCCAUUAAUUGUAUAUUGACAUGUGGAUAAUCAUUGAUAA